CGUCCAAUGAACGUGUGCUCGUGGCGUUUUAGCCUCGCUGCGACAGCAAUGCUACAAACUUUACAAUAGCCUCAUUUGAAUCGUAGCAGCGGUGUUUGGGUGUUUGUAGACCGUACCUGCGGCCAAUACUGUUUUUUAAAAAUACAUUUCAGUUCCCUUUCUCGGUAUUUAAAACCCGCUACGUGUGUCCCGGAUGCGUCAACGACUCCGGGAGCGCAUGGAAACACGGAGCUCAGCUUUCCAUCUGCUGUGGGUUUGGUGGUAGUCCGUUGUUUUCGGUGGUCCUGGUCGACUUGAAGGUGGUCGUCAACUAGCUAGCACCGACACUGUAGUGCUGCUUACAUGUGGACCAUGUGCUCGUUGUUAUUUUAGCCUCUAUACAGUGUGGCAUUGUAUAAUUUUAGUGAUAUUUGCCGUUUUCACUACUUUAGAAUGUAUAUUGGAAGUAAAAAAACAACCGAGUGCUUGAAUUUUACAUUUUAGUCAAGGUGCUGUUCUGGAGAUAACAACGAGCGAUUUAGAUUUUUUUUUUCUUGAGGGGGGCACCUUACUAAACACUACAUUGUCUCCAAAGCAACAUGCCUAUUAGGCGUUUUGGGGGUCACAGGUCUCUGGUGUCUCACUCUCAAACUCCAAAACUGUCGUACGGUUACACGAAAAUGAAUAUUUCAAGAAGUGGCUACCGUGUUUUUUCUGCCAACUCCACCACCGCCUGCACCGAGUUGGCCAAGAAGAUAACAGAACGUUUGGGUGUGGAGUUGGGAAAGUCAGUUGUUUAUCAGGAGUCUAAUUCAGAGACGAGAGUGGAUGUCAAGGAAUCUGUCCGUGGACAAGACAUCUUCAUUAUUCAGACCAUUCCUCGGUGAGACAGAAAGAUAUGCUUAAUAUCUUCAAUUUAAUGACCCCAUUGUUUAUAUUUAUUAAGAAUUCCAUCCGUAAGUGUAAUGUGAUGAACCGAAGGAGAAUUUUUUUGCCACGUUGUUUUAAUUUUACUGCUCAUGAAUGUAACCUUGACUCACUGUUAUCAGCGCUGUUUGCAGCAGCAGGCAGCAGCAUCCAGCAAAACAAAAUGCUCUGAAUGGCUCACUGUGUA